ACACAAUUUCUUAUCCCCCCAUUCCUCGGGUUCUGCCUCCUUUUACAUACAUACAAUAUUCCUCCCUCACUCCACAACAGGAUGGGAGUAUCAUGCGCAAUUCCUUUUUGCCAAUUGCGUCAAAUGAAAUGUUUUCAGUUGCUUUCAUUGCAAUGUCUUUCGGAAGAGAUUUCUUUUUAAUUCUUUUAUGUUUUUGAAUUAUUUCUUUCGCGGUUUUGUUGGUUUUUUACACAAAAAAAUGAUUUAUUGAAAAUCUUGUGAAUUAUCGAGAUGACUUAAUGGUAAGUUCCUUGCCAUGAAUCCCAUGAAGCUUUUCUUUAAAAAAAUAAACUUCCGGACAUUUCACAUUAAGCGACCUCGUCUAUCUGAUUUACAAAUUGGGAUGAACUCUCAUAGGAAGGAGCACACAGAGAGUGAGUAAAAGAGAGAGAUUUUCCUAAAACGCACACUGUGCUUCCAAAGAACGUCACCCCUAAGAGAAUUAAGUGCAAUAGUUGUGUGAGGAAGUGCUGUGGGAAGUUAUCAAUAGGAAGUUCCAGUAUCAAAUGGCGUCUAAUUCAGUGGUUGUCUUUGCAUUUGUUUUCGUCUCGCUGUUUUUGGUUGGGCACUGUGGCAUCAUAAAGCGCAGCUUCUCCGACAAUACUGUGGCCAAGUACAUCACAGAGAGAACCUGUUGGUGGAAUGAGGUGUGCAAGGAGGAAUUUCAGCAGAGUUUUCGUUGCAAAUGUCCUCAGUUCUCCUACUGCCGAUCCCCUGGGAGAUACUACAAUGCCUAUUGUUCUAUAGCAAAUACUGGCUACAUUUGGACUCAGCCCACCUAACAAAUUACCUCAAGUCUACGGGGGUAGGCGCACACAUACACACGUUGACGUGAUAGAUUAAAAAUCGCGAUGAAAAAUAACCCACAGCUAAAUAAGAAUUUCACAGAGAAUUUAUUGAGAAUGUAGUUCACAAAUGAAAGUAAUCUAUUUAACAAGAAAAGACACAAUCUUCCGGAGAGGUGGUUUACAUUAAAAUAAGACUUUUUAAAUCUCUCCUGUCUCAAAGAGCUUCACGAUUGUUUCAAUAUUGUUAUUCUUCACUGCCUCUUUGAAGUGUUUCAUUACCUGAGCGCCGGAUUUACCAACUGGAUUAGAAUUAGAGAGAGAAAUAUAAAAGAAUAUUUAACAUUAGAUUAGAAAAUAUAAAAAUAUUUCGCCGUAUAAUACUUCUCAAUUUAGCUCCAUGCUGCAGGAGUUCAUUGAUGGUCUUAAUGGUAAAUUGCAAGUCAUUUGCAUUCUUCUGGCGGAUCACAAAGUUCGUCAAGAGAUCCUCGUGCAGUGUCAUCAAAUCAUUGCUGUAUUUUAGCAUUAAUUUACUGAAAUAAAAAUUAAUUAAUUAUUAAA